AGUAAGCAGGAAAUUCACAGGCGGUCUGCACGGCUCAGAAAUACGAAAUACAAAUCGGCUCCAGCUGCUGAAAAGAAAGUUUCCACCAAAGGAAAAGGAAGAAGACAUAUUUUUAAACUGAAAAAUCCCAUCAAAGCUCCUGAGUCUGUUUCCACCAUCAUCACUGCAGAAUCCAUCUUCUACAAGGGAGUGUAUUACCAAAUUGGUGAUGUUGUUUCUGUGAUCGAUGAACAAGAUGGAAAGCCCUACUAUGCUCAGAUCAGGGGUUUUAUCCAGGACCAAUACUGUGAGAAGAGUGCAGCGCUGACGUGGCUCAUACCCACUCUCUCUAGCCCCAAAGACCAGUUUGAUCCUGCAUCCUAUAUCAUAGGGCCAGAGGAGGAUCUUCCAAGGAAGAUGGAAUACUUGGAAUUUGUUUGUCAUGCACCUUCUGAGUAUUUCAAGUCAAGGUCAUCGCCAUUUCCGACAGUCCCCACCAGACCAGAGAAGGGUUACAUAUGGACUCACGUUGGACCUACACCUGCAAUAACUAUUAAGGAAACUGUUGCCAACCAUCUGUAGUUACAAAAUUACAAGGGGGAACCGGGAGUGUAUCUUACUGGUAGAGCAUUUGCCCACCAUCUGUGAGGCCCUGGAUUUGCUCUCUGGCAUGCAUGCGUGCGCACACACACGCACAUACACUCAAAUUACCUGGUUCUCCCACUUUCUUGUAUUCAUACUACAAUGAAAUAUGCCACAUACUUCUUUCAUGAAAUUCUUCAAUGGAAAAAUGACUGAAAAGAUUUUUUCCUUACUACCGAGUAAUCACUAGCUUUAUUUAUUACUUGUCACUUAGAAAAGUAUAAGGGACAGAAAAGAAUGAAAUGUAGUUGAAGGUAAACAUAACAUUCUGUGUGUUUAUCUUUCCAGGCAAACUGCAAUUUGCAGUUUCCAGGGAGACCAUUAGGAACAGGUAGUCUAUUUUUUCUUUAUAACUUAUUUCUAGGAAUUCAUAAAAUAGGUUAUAUUUUUGUACAAAUACACAGUAUUAACUUGGAUUUUUGACCAAGAGCUCAAUCAAAUGUAGGUAUAGCCUAUAGUAGUAUCUGUCAUAAAGCCGCAUAAACCUUAUCUCCUCGUCCAGAAAAUGCUGACAGUUGUGGUUGCUCUAACCAUAAGGGAAGUGACUGGUACGUAGCCCUGGCUUUUUUCGCUUUCGCUCGAGUUUUCAGUAGCAUACAGAACCAUACAGUGGCUUGCAAUAGGGAAGCUCCUCACUGUUGUCAUGACCCCAUGGUCAGACGGGCUUUGGACCAAACCACAGAUCAGCAUAGUCUCCAGAGCAUACAUGCGCCCAGGCCUCAGGCAUCUGCACAAGAGUUUAGAUCAGCUGAUAGACGUAGAAGUGAUUCAUAGGUCAUGAGCUUUGAUAGAUAAAAAGUCUGCUAUGGAGUUAAAGCAGCUGCUGUGGACUGGUCUGCCGUGCUUUGGCCCGGGAAGGCUUGUUACCCGCUUCAGGGGCAGGCCAGUCAAGUGAGGGAGCAGCGGUGUAAAUGGGGUGUCUGCACACUUGUCUCUUGUGCCCUGAUUUAACCUGCAUUUUUCAGUCCCCAGAAAACUUGUAGGAAUUUGAUUGAAUCAUGAUCUUCACAAUAGCACCUUGAACGCUUACCCUUUUUCUGCAUAGUCACAGUCUCUGUGUUACAAGGAAGGGACUGUAGCUAGCUCCAGGCACAUGGUCAUCUCUUUGUUCACAGAAGUGACAGUAAGAUGGAGUGUAUUUCCUAAAUACAAUACUGAUGUUCAAAACUUUUGUAUUAAAAUGUAUUUUCACGAUA